AUGAAUUUAUUUUCUCAGGCUGCUGUAUUUUCCUUAUUGCAAGCAGUGACUGAGAUAUCAUCCAGAGGAGAAGUAAGAGACAGGGAUAUUAACAUUUUUGUUCAACGGAGUUUAUUGCGCUUAUCUGCUUCUUUGGAGAGCCUAAUUAAGGAUGAAUUGUCAGCCAAGCAACCUGAAGCAUAUGACUGGUUUUGGUCUGAUCAACUUCCAAUAGUUGUGACAACUUUUGUGAACCAUUUUGAAAGGGACCCUCGUUUUAUUGGAGCUACUACAGUAUGCAGGAAAGGAUUAUCUGAGGGUUCAGGCAAUGCUAGUGAUAUUUCACUUCUCAUGCUCGCGCUGACCUGCAUUGCUGCAAUCACAAAACUUGGACCAACAAAAGUUUCUUGCUCUCAGUUUUUCUCCACAAUACCAGAUAUAACUGGUAGAUUGAUGGACAUGCUUGUUGAUUUCAUUCCGAUACACCAGGCUUAUCAUUCAAUUAAGGAUUUGGGUCUACGCAGAGAAUUUCUUGUCCAUUUUGGCCCUAGGGCUGCAACCUGUGUUACUCAUGAAAGAGGAACAGAAGAAAUGUCUUUUUGGGUGGAUCUUAUACAGAAACAGCUGCAGCGAGCGAUUGACAGGGAGAAGAUAUGGUCAUGGCUGACGACUUCUGAAACUAUAGAGGUAUUGGAAAAGGAUUUGGCAAUAUUUGGGUUUUUCAUUGCUAUAGGGAGAAGCUCACGGUCUUUUUUAUUGGCAAAUGGCUUUGAUGUUUUGGAUGAUCCUGUUGAAAGUUUCUUAAGGUAUCUCAUAGGGGGCAGUGUGUUAUAUUAUCCUCAGCUCUCAUCAAUAAGUUCCUAUCAACUGUAUGUGGAGGUAGUCUGUGAAGAGCUGGAAUGGCUUACUUUCUUUCCAAGCAAUGUAGAUGUGAGGCAAUCACGUGACCAUAAAAGUAAAAGAGAAGGACCUCCCAAUGAGGAAGCCAUUCCCCAAGUAUUGCAUGUGUGCUCUUAUUGGAUGCAGGGUUUUAUUAAGUACAGUAAAUGGCUAGAGAACCCUUCUAAUAUUAAGGCAGCAAGAUUCCUUUCCAGAGGGCACACCAAGUUAAAGGAAUGCAUGGAAGAUUCGGGGGUACUAAAGAAUGAAAUGGAGACUAAUAUACGUUAUUCUGGUGGUUGGACUGGAUCUGGAACUUAUUCAGCAAUCGAGAAGGAGCUAGAUUCUUUUGACAAGGUAAUGAUAUCAAGUGAUAAUUACUGAAAUUUUGUCCUUUCUUUUGUAACU